AUGGAGCAAAGCCCCGAAGCCCAGCAGCAACAUUCGCCAACAGACGGACAACCGGCAAACCGCGGCUCCGACGCACUCCCGAGACCGCGUCCUUUGGCCUGCACUCCAUGCCGCCGCCGCAAGAUGCGACCACAAAACGCCAAUCUGCUCCAAUUGCGUGAGGUAUGGCUUGGAAUGCGCCUGGCCCGAAGGCCGUCGCUCUUCAGGACGCCGUCAGAGACCGUGAGUCACCCUUGUCCUGUCUUCAGACUCGCUCUCAACCUCACCCUCACCCUCGCCCCGCCAAUCUUAUUUACCGAAGAGAUGGAACUCUACGAAGAUGUAGUUUCGAGACUGGCCCAGAUGGAGAAGCUGGUGGAGGAGCUCCAAACCACAAAACCUGACCAGGGCGCCACGCCUCCACCACCGCAACUACAACAUGCCAAUUCCCACGACGCCGCCGCAAGCCUCUCGCCCCUGGCCACCACGACGUCGUCCUCGAAUCCUCACUCUCCCUUAUCGAGACGGAAGGCGAGCAGCGCAAGUCCUUCGUCCGCUAACCAUGACUCCUAUCCUUCGCCGCCCUCCGCUACCUCGUCGACCGGCGCGAGGCUGUACUAUACCGGCGCUCCUGAUGACAGCACCGUCUUCGCAGCAGGUAAUGAGCCAGAGCCCUCGUCUAAAGAAAGAAAGAGAGAUAGGCAGAGGAAUGCCUUGCAGCCAAAGGCCCUGGCCCUGCACCAUCAGCCGUACCUGGCACACGAGGACCUGAACCACCCUCUGCCUCCUAACCAUGUCAUCAUGGACUGCGUGAACGAGUUCUUUGUGACAAUGAACGCCGGCAUACGUACCUUCCAGGAGCAUGAGGUGCGAGCCGCCCUCCGAUCUUACUUCCAAGGGCAGCCUCCCGCCGACCCAGGGUGGCGUAUGGCUGUUAAUGUUAUGAUCGCCCACACACUCCGCAAAAGAAAUGGCAUGCGGAACAAGGAAGAGUACCAAAAAUAUAUUUACAACGCCCUCGGCAUGGUCCCGAACAUUAUUCUGCGUACACCCUCUCCCAUGACGAUAGGGGCACUGUUGUCGACGGUCCUCUACUUCAGCUUCACCUCUGAAAACCACAUCGCCAUGACCCUCAUGGGCCUCACCGUGCAGCUUCUCCUGAUGGCGGGCUACCACCGCCUUGAGCCCGAUCUGGUUCACGCAAACCCGCAGAACUUGGACCCCGUGAAUCACCUCCACCGCCGCCGCCUCUUCUGGCAGGCCUACAUCAUCGACCACGACCUUAUGUUACGCAUCGGCAAGCCCCCACUGAUCAGCGAUGACUUCCUUCUCGACCUGCCUGAGGAGCACCCAGCCGACGGGUACAGCAUGUACUACUACCCCGGUGAUGUGACACUCAACUUCUUCCUCCAGCAGGUCCGCCUCGCUCAGAUCCAAGGCCGUAUCGCCUCGUCGCUGUAUCACCGCACCGGUGUGCCCCCGGCCGAGCUCGAGGCCGAGAUACGCCGCCUAGACGGCGAACUGCAGGAGUGGCGCGAGAGCAUCCCCCCGAUGAUCCGCGCCGACAAUGUCGACGCUCUGCUGGACGGCGACUAUUACAGGAUGGUAUCCCUGACGACGCUGCAUUUCACAUACUUCCAGCUCGUCGUGGCCAUCCACUCCGCCGCCUUCCGGCUGCCCAUGCUAGAAGAUCAGGAGGGUACCGAGGCCGCGGACAUAGGACCCAGUCUCGCACUGUGCGUGAGUGCGUCACGUGCCGCCAUCUCGCUCUUGAACUACCAUCAAAUCGAACACCCAUAUACGCCAUAUCUUCUCUACCAAAUCGCCUGGAGCGUAGAUAUCCUCUUUGUCAACAUUCUCCAGAACAAGACGAACCCCCGCGCGCGUCGUGACCUUGACCUCAUCCGCACAGUUAUAUCCUUCUUUGAGAAGUACGACCCGGGCCACCAGACUGUUGUCUCGUACCAGAUCAUCAAGGUCAUCGCCGACGUCGCCGCCUCCGUUCUCGCAAACACUCCGACUCUGCCGCCACACAUGCUCCCCGUCUCGCGCGGGCCCUCUGCCGUCGUCCAACAACCCCAAACACCCAUUCAAAAUAUUCCUCUGGACACCCUCUCGCCCCCAAUAGGAGGGCCCGGGUCGGCCCGCAGCGGCAGCGUCAACAGCGGCACCGGCGACGUCUUGGGCUCCAUGACGAGCCUCUCCAUGUCUGACACGCAGCAGCAGCAACGGCAAACUCAGCAGCAAGGGUUCAUGGACAUCUCGGCGGGGCUGACGCAGCCCAACGAGGGCCAAUUCUUCACCGGCUUCAUGGAUAUGGCCGCCGACUGGCGGCUGCCAAUGGACUACCAGCCGGAGCUGUGGCAGUACGACACGGAUACUCGAUUUUCUGGCUAG